GUAAAAGAAGCCCAUUUCAAAGCCUACCCAGACUGGAAAUGGUGCAGUAAAGACCGAAAAAGAUCCAGCACCAUAGCAGCCACCCUCGGCAAACAACAAUCAAACAGAUUGAGCUCCACAAACGAUAGUGAUGAUGCCAUCGGAACGCCUGGUGAGUCGUCAGUUCCAACAGACAGCCAGAUGGGGGAGCCGAGCUCAGUGUCAGCACCAGGGUUAGUCAAACAAUCAAGUCUAGACGACCAGGGAUUCGAUAGUGCUAUCUCACGUCCACGUCCGCGGCCACACAGCUUGUCAGCAGUGCCAAGGGAUGAAGAUGCCAGUAGUGCAUUUGUACCUUUUGUUUCAUCGGGCCAGAACCUGAAAUUUCAGGACACGCGGAAGGAGACUCUGCAACCACCACAGUCACUCUCGGGAAUCAUGCCUCCCAGGACAGCGGCAACAGCAUCACUGCCACAGGUGCAGAAUACCAAGCUUGUGACACCUCCAUCAUCGAGGCGCACAUCGGCCAGGAAUGAUGACGACGACAGCGAUGAUGGGUCCAAGAUGGUGAUCUGCGAAGAAGGAGAUGAUAGUUGCCAGAUGGGAGGCAUUGAUCUGAACUGCCAGGAGCAGGUGUCGGACUCGGCCACAGACAGUGACAUAGAAGACGAAGGCUUGAUUGAGAACAAAGCUUUUCCUCAGCAACGCUUUUCUCCAGUCAUGAAGAAG